AGUGAGUAGUGAGUAGUCGGAGGGGAAGGAUGUACCGCUCCUCCUAGGUGCUUUAGAUACACCCAGGAUAUACCCUAUCCGAUACAUGGAUAAGCCGAGUGGAUGUGGAUGGAUUGUUAGUGGAUUAAUAUAGUGCUUAAGUAGAUUUUCCCUCGUUUUGGGGGAUUUCAAGAGUCAAUAUCCAUGAAAAAGACCAGGGAGGAGAUAUGGGUGUGCGUUAGUCUUUCCUGACCCAGCUUACUCACCAGCCAACACUCAAAAUGGAAUACGAGAAGGGUGACCUCGUCUGGUUCGACCCCGGGCUGGGCUAUGUGCUGCCCGGGGAGGUCAUGGAGUUCCACAGGGCAGGUCAGGUCAUCACCGUCCAGGCUGUCAUUGGUGGGAAGUCACAGGUGUUCACGCUCACCAAUCUGUCUUCGGUAAGAAGGAGACAAGACUUGGGCCCCACUGGAGUAGACGACAUGAUUGGCCUGAGUGACCUGAAUGAGGCAUCUCUCCUGUGGAACCUCAAGAUUAGAUAUGACAAGGAGAUGAUUUAUACUUAUACAGGCAGCAUCCUAGUAGCAGUCAACCCAUACCGCAUGUUUGACAUCUACGGGUUGGACAUGGUAAAAAAAUACGAGGGACAGAUUUUAGGAACAUUACCUCCGCACAUCUUUGCCAUUGGGUCAGCUGCCUACUCCCGCAUGAGCAAGGACUUGAUGAACCAGUGUGUGGUGAUCAGCGGGGAGUCAGGUGCUGGCAAGACAGAAUCCACCAAGCUCAUCAUGCAGUACCUUGCUGCUGUCAAUAAGUCCCAGAGCAACCUUAUCACUGAGCAGAUCCUGGAGGCCUCACCCUUGCUGGAAUCCUUUGGCAACGCAAAGACAAUCAAGAACGACAACUCCUCUCGCUUUGGGAAAUACGUGGAGGUUUAUUUCAAGGAUGGGGUGAUCACAGGAGCCAAGAUAACAGAGUACCUCCUUGAAAAAUCCCGCAUAGUGACCCAAGCACAUGAGGAGAGGAACUACCACGUUUUCUAUGAGCUGCUUGCUGGUCUCCCAGCAGACCGCAAGGCUAAGUAUGGCCUCACCACGCCAGACAAGUACUUCUACCUCAGCCAGGGAGGUAGCUGGCAGCUGGAAGGCAAGUAUGAUGGGGAGGACUUCCAGGCACUGCUCUCUGCCAUGCAAGUGUUGGGAUUCACCUCGGAUGAACAGGACACGAUAUUCAGGAUCUUGUCUGCUGUGCUGCAUCUGGGCAACAUUUACUUCCACCGCAAGCAGCUGCGUCACGGCCAGGAGGGUGUGGAGAUGGGCACAGAUGCUGAGAUCAAGUGGGCAUCACAUCUCCUGCAGAUUGAUGAAGUGGGCAUCAAGCGAGCCCUUACCACCAAGAUCACGGAGGCACGCAAUGAGAGAGUGUUCACGCCCCUGAACAUCAACCAAGCACUGGACGCCCGAGAUGCGGUGGCCAAGGCGCUGUACUCCUCCCUCUUCUCCUGGCUGGUACGGCGCAUCAACCACAUCAUCCACAAGGGUGCCCGCAAGACUCACAUCUCCAUCCUGGACAUCUUUGGCUUUGAAGUGUUUAAGGAGAACAGUUUUGAGCAGCUGUGCAUCAAUUAUGCUAAUGAGAAGCUGCAGUUUUACUUCAACAAGCACAUCUUCAAGCUGGAGCAGCAGGAGUAUGCCAAGGAGAAGAUUGACUGGCAAAACAUUGAGUUCCAAGACAACCUGCCUGUGAUAGAACUAGUUGCCCGGAAGCCAGUGGGUAUUCUGCACCUGCUGGAUGAUGAGAGUAACUUCCCCAAGGCCACCGACCAGUCCUACCUGGAGAAGUGCCACUACAACCAUGCCCUCAAUGAACUAUAUUCAAGGCCACGUCUUUCCUCCAUGGAGUUUGGCAUCCAGCACUACGCAGGGCAGGUGUGGUACAGCGUGGAGGGAUUCCUGGACAAGAACAGAGACACACUCAGGAAUGAUGUGGUGGAGCUGCUCAUCUCAUCCAGGCUGCCCAUGCUGUCAGAGAUGUUCCUUGACGUUCGCUUGGGUUCAGAGAACAAAACAUUGACAAAAGCCAACGGGAGAUUCGUCACCAUGAAGCCAAGAACGCCCACUGUGUCUGCACGCUUCAAUGACUCACUCACGCACCUUAUGGAGGGCAUGGCCAAAUGCAAUCCCUGGUUCGUGCGCUGCAUCAAGCCCAACACAGACAAGGCACCACUCAAGCUGGAUAUGCCUUGUGUAUUGGAGCAGCUCAGGUACUCAGGCAUGCUGCAGACCAUUCGGAUCCGCCAGCAGGGCUUCCCGGUGCGCCUCAGGUUUGCACACUUUUCCGAGAGGUAUCGCUGCCUCAUCCCUGACCAGGUUCCAAGGGGAGCACCAUCCAAGGAGAUCUGUCGGGUGGUGCUGGAGCGAAAGAAGGCCGGGAGUGCCUCAAGGGGGAGCUACCAGCUGGGCCUCACCAAGAUCUUCCUAAAGGAGGCAUUGGAACAAACACUGGAGGAGGAGAGAUACCAGACCCUGUCCUUCGCUGUGGUCACCCUACAGCGCUAUGUCAGGGGAUACUUGUCACGCAGGAGGUUCCGCACCCAGCAGCGAGCGGCCUUGGUGGUGCAGGCCACAGUGCGCAUGUGGCUGGCCCGCCGCCGCUACCGCAACCUCAGGUCAUCUGUCAUCAAGAUCCAGUCGCUGGCACGUGGCAGGAGUGCCAGGAAGCAUGUCAAGCGACUCAAGGACGAGCUCAACCGGCGGCGACUGGCAGAGCAGGUGGCCAAGCAGCGGGCAGAGCGUGAGGCAGCACAGAACAAGGCAGACCAGGAGCGAGUCCAGCGAUCUGUGGCAGGAGUCAACCACCUCGAGAUCCCUGCUGAGCUGGCCUUCAUCCUUUCCAAGCUGGGCGAUCGGGAGCAGGAGCGUGGGGUGACCCGUGCUGGGGCUCCUGUGCGGCCCAUUGCAACCCACUACUCCCUGCCUCAUGACAUUGACUACCACGCCUUCUCCAAGUUCACCAGCAUUUACUUCAAGUCACACAUCUGGGGCAUGAAACGAGAGCCCAUCAAGACGCCCUUCCUCUCCAAGUCCCGGGAUGCAGAUUACAGUGACUCCCUGGCUGUGUUCAAACUCAUCCUGCGCUUCAUGAAUGAUCCGGCACUCUCUGGCCUGCGGGAGACGGUGCUUGGGAAUUACAUCACCAAUAAGGGUCUUGCUAAUGAGAGGCUGCGAGAUGAGAUCCUGUGUCAGCUGUGUAACCAGACAUGGCGCAAUGACAACACUGCCAAUGCUGAGAGAGGCUGGCUGCUGCUGGCCAACUGUCUGUCUGUGUUCCCACCCUCAUCCACACUCUUCAAGUACAUCCUCAAGUAUGUGUCAGACCAUGGGCUGGAUGGGUAUGCCGGACUGUGUCAGAGGAAGCUGCUGUCAUCCCACAAGAGGUCAGGAGGUGUGGCACGCUCCUUCCCACCCACAGACCUGGAGUGGCAGACCAACCGUAAGAAGGCGAGGAUGGCCCUGGAGGCGCGCUUCCCUGAUGGCAAGGUUGGUUUGGGUGAGGUGGACUCCUGGACCACCACUGAGGAGUUUGCUGCCAGUCUGCUGCAGGAGCGAGGGGUCAUGGAGAACACCGGGUGGACAGUCUGCCUCACUCAGGAUGACACGGUCGUUGAGACGCCUGGGCUGGAGUACGUCCUUGACCUCAUAGGAGACAGGGAGCUGCCACCAACUUUCCCCAAGUGUUCCUCCAGCCAUCUCAACACUGGUGCUGCCCCAGAGCGCCGUGUGUCCACCACAGUGCCGCUGCCACUGGUCAAGGUGACAGAGGUGUCUCCCAUUGAUGAGUCUCCCGUGGUGGCCAGAAGGACUCGAUCACCACCUGCGCUGACCCGUAAGCUGUCCAGAGAGGCACUGGAGGCACACGACCAGGUGAUGAGUGGCACUGAGGGAGGUGUGGCGGGGGCAGGAGGUGCCGCAGGAACAGAAGAGGAUGGCAUUGGUCUGUCUCGCACCUCAGCUCUCAACAAUCGGUACUUUGAAGACAAGGCAAAGAGCAGGUCCCUGGAUAACCUCCUCGAAGGUCCCCCAGAUAUGCAGAUGCUUGGGUUGUCAAGGAGCAGACUGAAUGAACGCUACCACAGUGUAGAGCGACUAGUAAGUGAGAGGCAGGCACUGGUCAAUGGACAGGAGAUCAACACCCAUGACCUGGACAACAUGGAGUCUGUGUCUCAGCGAGGUGUCCCUAAGUCAUUGUCUGGGUCAAGGACGUGGAAUAAAUAUGACCUGCUGGAGGAAAGGAGUGCAGCAGAGGAGGAAACCAAGACUGAGUACUCCCGAGGCUCUAACCGCUACAUCAAGGGUGGCCAAGCAGGGCGGCGGGGGCCAGGUGGAGGGUGGCACCAGUCUGCACGCGCCCAGCUGGAGAGGGAGUAUAUGAAGUCAUCGGCAAUGUCAGACACCAGCGAAGCGCCUUCACUAGCCUCCCAUGUGCGGCGGGUGCGAGUGCCGUCCCAGGCCUCAGAUGUGGACCAAUUCCUGGACGACCUGUUCAUGCCGGUCCUUAACUCCCAGCUGGAUGAACUGUCCGACGCUCGUUCCCUUGCUGCAUCCAUCAAGGGAGGUGGCCAUCCAUCUCAUCCUCAGGCCGCCUAUGACCUGGAGGAUGACCUGGAUGACUCCAUAGCCUUAGCCAGGACUCGCCAAGGAUCCUUCCGGCGCCAGAGUCUGCUCCACGCCCUGCAGGAUGUGGAUCUGAAUGAGUCUCUAAGUGGCCUAGAGGAUAUCCCAUCCCUAGCCCAGGCCCUGAAGGGAGGUGGCCAGGGAGCAGCUGAGGUAGACACAGGUGCCCCGACCACCACGGCAGGGCCCACUUUUUACCCCAAUGUGUCUAUCUCAGGUGCUCCUGGCUCCCCUCCUCCCUUCAGUCCACCUGGUACCUUGCCUCUGUACUCUGCUGGAGGAAUCACCAUGCCAGGAAUGCCACCAACACCCCAGGCUGGCAACGUGAACCCAACACAACUGGCCCUCCAGCAGCAGCACAUCCAGCGGGCUUUCCUGCAGUCUGCUGUGGCCCAGAACAUUCAGAUCCAGCAGCAUCUCAUGGCUCAGAACCAGGCACUACAGCAGCUCCUUUCUCAGUCCAUUCCGCACCUUGGCCAGGCUGCUCGUGGCAUGAGUCCCCAAGACUCCUUCCGUCUUGGCAUGCUUGGUAUGAUGCCCCUCGCUGGCAUGCCCAUGGCUGCACACAUGCCCAUGCACCAAGGUAUGCCCAUGGCUGGCAAUAUGCCCAUGGCAGCCAAUGUAGGCAUGAGUGGUGGCAUGCCCAUGAAUGCUGGCAUAUCUAUGGUGCCACUCACACCCACCAUGCCCGUCGGGGUGAUGCCGCCGGCCGCUGCUGGCAUGCCUGGCCAUGGGGAGGUGUCAGGGGUGCCUCAGGGCGCAUCAGGUGACAGGGUUCACUACCAGGUGGGGGGGGACACGUACUCCCUCCCUCAGAGACGCCCCACCUCCACCACCACCACCACCAUCACUACCAACAACAACAGCAACAAGGUUUCCUUCCAAGAGCCGGAGCAGAGUGAGUUGUGGAGCACUGAAAAGGCAGCAGCAGGUGGAGGAGCUGAGGGAGGUGCUGGUGGAGGUGAUCAGAGAUUUAUGGGGGGAGCACCUUUGUCCCCACCUCCUCCUCUGGUCAUGCCAGGCUCCAUGAUGGCCUCACCCCCCAUGUUCUCCCAGGCGGCUGCACUCUCUUCUCCUGUUGCUGAGCAGUCGCAGAAGAAACACUCAAAUGCAUCUGAUGAUGCAAAGAUGCUGCACGACUUUAGCAUAGCACAGCAGCCUUCCGACGGACAGCCCCAGGGACAGCUGCUGAGCCCCACUGAGUCCCCAUGGGGUGGUGUAGUGCCCCCACCUCCCCCCAUGCCCACACAUCUUAAUCCUGAGGAGAUGGCGGCGGGAGGCUUCCUAGACCCCUACCAGCGUGCUAAGACAGUCAGGAUUGGCAAGUGGCGAUGGCCUCCCCCAAAAGGAGAAGAGGACCCCAAUGACUCCUUCCUGCAGUUCAAGAUCCGCCAGCAGUCCAAGAAGAUGUCCAAGCAUGGGGAAGGCAAGGACGGGCAGCGGUCAGGCAAGGAGGAAAGCUUCACCAUCGAGUGGGAGGAGUUUGAGGUGGGCGCCCCCAACACCAGCAGCAGUGCAGAGCCAUCCCCUCGCAAGGAGUCCUCACACCAGCACAGCACACAUCAGCACAGCUCACACCAGUUACACCAGGCCUCCCAACACCAGCACAGCAGUCAACACUCACAGCACAUCAGCCACCACUCACACCACUAUUCCCAGCACUCCAGUCACCACCAGUCAAUGCAGCAUUCUGGCCAUCACUCCCACCACUCAUCACAGCAACACUCACACUCACAGCAGACUAAUGGCCACAGCCACAGCCAUGCCCACAGUGCCCACAGCAGCCACAACACCUCCAGGGACAAGAUCGAUGGCAAGGAGAAGGGUGCCAGGAAGAGAAGGGACUCGUGGGGUAAUCCUGUUGAUGAUGCGAAGAGCAAAGAAGGAAUUGGGAAGCUCAAGAUCUCUCGGGAAAUGAGGGAGAAACUAGAAGCCUUGACGUCCUCUCAUCCUUCAAGAGCUCAGAAGGGCCCAGUCGUAGCUGCACAACAGCAGAAGCAGCAGACAAGAGGCAUCAAAAAGCUGGAGGCCCACCGGCGCAACCUCCUGCAGCACCAGCUUGAGGGGGACAACUGGGGCUCUGUCAACUCCAUCAAGAAAAUCAAGCCAGAGAAGGGAGGCUCCGUACCACCUCCUCCCCCUGUGGCGCCAGCUAACAUGUACCUCAGCCGCCGGCCACCAUCACCCACUGCUUCCUUGUCAUCCCAGGAAAGCACUCCGGUUAUUCCUCAGACUCGAUCACCACCUCCACCCAUCCAGCCGCCCUUCCGCUCUUCUGCCGCUCAUGAUUUUGUGGAUUCUGCCUCUGAACGUCGCCAGUCUGUGUCCACAAUGCACACAGAGAAGACGGAGCACUUUGAAUUGGAGGAGUCAUCAGAGUUCCUCCAGGCAGUGGACAGCGCGCCAGUGCUGAUUGAUGAGGAGCUGGAGAAGAGGUCUUACGAGGGACUCAAGACCUGCCUUCUGCCGGCCCCUCACACCACUCACCUCACCUACAACCGCCGCCCCUGGUCCCUUGUUCUCAGGAAGGAGCUAUUUGCCCCUGGGGAGGUGCUGCAUGGGGAGGCCCUGCACCUGGUCUUCUGUCAGGUGGUGCUGGAUGUCUACACGGGUACCACGCCGAGGAUCACACCAGAACAGCAAGUGCAGAUGAGGAAGAUGCUGGACAACCGAGGUAUCACUCCCAACAACACCUUCUCUCCACACCACAAGAGUUCAGUCAAGAGAGAGAUCAUUGAACUUGCAAAGACCUGGCCGCUGUACUUUGCUGCUAUCUUCCCUGUUACUGGUUCACGCAAGACUGGAGAGGUGGAGAUGCUGGCAGUGUCUCAUUCUGGAGUGAAGCUGCUCAGGAGGGAACAAGGACACCACCUCACCAUUCUCAGCUCAUACAACCGUGUGGAGGAGGCUGAGUGUGGGCGGUCUGGGUCCCUAAGGCUAGUGGUGGGCAGUGGCUCCAGUGCUGGCACCAGGAUCAUUCUCCACACACCGAGAGCCAAGCAGAUCGCAGCACUCCUUGCAAAGUACCUCAGCAUUGACCAUCCAGGAAGCCGGGAAUAUGUGCGGGCCGUGGCUGACUACCGUAUUCGCGAGGGUCCGGGGAGAGACCACUCGCUCCUUUGCUUCAAGAAGGGAGACAUCAUCAGGGUGACUGGCCCUGACCGCUACGGGGAGAAUGGAUGGCUACAAGGAAACAUGAACGGACGCUCAGGUCUCUUCCCCGUGGAUUAUGUGGUACCUAUCGGACGCUCCGAGGCGAGGUCUGCAGCCGCCGCCGCCGCCGCCGCUGCUGCUGCUGCUGCAGCCUCUGCUGCUACCGCUUCUGCUGUUUCUACUGUAGUGACCACAGAGACUAUUACCACGACUUCUGUGCCUCAGGCGCAGGUGGAGGUGGUGGACUCAAUGGCAGAAAGCGACAUGGAGAUGGCGCGGAUGGGGAUGGGCGGUGGAGUGUGGACGCGGCCGGAGUCGCCCCACCAGGCACACCUGCACCACCAUGACGACUCCGGCCACUCCUCAGGCGGCGAGGGAGGAGGAGGCAUGGGAGGCGGGCCGGGGAGUGGGAUGGAAGUAUCUGUGGGAGAGGUGUCAGGGCGAGGAGUGCGGGAAGGAAGUAGCCCACCUGUGGUUCACGACGGCAAGCAUUCCCUUCUGCAGUUCGCUCUCCAGCACUUCAGGCUGUCCAAAGAGCAGGGCAUAGUGCAGGCUGACGGCACCCUGCAGACCAAGAACAAGAAGAAGAAGGGCAAUAAGGAUAGUCAGGCAGGCUGGACGUGGAAGGAGCAGGUUGAGAUGGUGAAGUUCACACAGUCUCCUCUGAGUAACUCGCUGCUCCCUCUGGAGGCGGAGCUGAGCCAGGUGGCAGUGGAGAGCUUCCUUGCUGUGAUGCGCUACAUGGGAGACUACCCCAUGGCCCCACAGCAGACUGAGGUGCACUGUGUCUACACCAUCCUCAUGAAUUGCCACAAGCAGCCAGUGUUACGUGAUGAGGUGUACUGCCAGAUCAUGAAGCAGACCACCAACAACAAGUCAUCCAUCCCAGACUCAUGUCAGCGAGGAUGGCGGCUCUUCUCCAUCCUGGCUGCCUACUUCACCUGCUCCGACACACUCAAGCCGUAUCUCUUCAAGUAUCUGGAGACGGCUGCCUAUGACAAGAGGAGAGCGUACCAUGGGACAGCGAUGGUAUGUCUUCAGAACUUACGUAAGACCUUCAACUACGGCGGCCGCAAGAAUGUGCCGAGCAUUGAGGAGAUCACAGCCAUCACCGCCGGCAGGAACUCCAAGCGGCAGAUUUACCGUCUGCCAGGAGGAACUGAGAGGGUCAUCAACACCAAGAGUACUUCAGUGGUGCAGGACAUCAUUGAGGAGAUGUGCAACCUGAUCAGUGUACGGUCAAGCCAGGAGCAGGAGGAGUACAGCCUUUACUGCAUUGUGGAGGGAGACACCUUCACCAUGCCCCUGGCCAGGGAAGAGUACAUCCUGGAUGUCACCACUGAACUCCUCAAGAACCAACAGGUCUUCUACCUGAUCUUCUGCCGUAGUGUGUGGUAUUACCCGCUGCGUCUGGACAACCAGCUGUAUUAUGAAGUGGUGUUCAACCAGAUUGCCCCAGACUACCUGGAGGGCCUGCUGCUGGUCACUCCAGGAGAACAGCUGCAGCAGGAAGUCAUUUACGACAUAGCGAAGGUGGCCGCACUCCUGCACCGCGCGGCUGACCUGGAGGAGGUGCCCACCAUGAAGGAAGUGAAGUACCUGCUUCCCAAGCCUGCUCUCACUGUGCGGGACGUCAAGCCACCUCAGUGGGUCAACAUGGUGCAGUCAGCCUGGCCUGAGGUGGCCUCCCUCACCAGUCUUCAGGCCAAGGCUCAGGUCCUGGAAAUCCUGCAGUCAUGGCCGCUGUUUGGGUCCUCGUUCUUUGCGGUGAAGAGAGUGAUGGAACCCAAGGAGCGCACAGACUACAUCCUCGCCCUCAACAAGAAUGGCGUCCACUUCCUCGACCUUGUGACCCAUGAGACUCUGAUAAGGUACAGUCUGGCCGAGGUCAUGAGCACUCGCAAGGUGAAGAGCGAAGACGAACUUUUCCUGGACAUGAAAUGUGGCAACCUGAUGCAGCAGCGAAUCACCCGCAUCCAGACUGACCAAGCCCAUGAGAUCUCCCGCCUCAUCCGCCAGUACAUCACCAUUGAGCAGCGGGUGACGGGACACGCCCGAGGGGACCAGCCAAGGGACGUCACCCUCUCCAGAUGAAACAGAAGCAGCACCCUUAGAUGUUGACCUUCCCAUAGUGUGGUGAUGCAAGGGUGAUGUGAGAGUGAUGUAAGGGUGUUGUGAGGAUGAGGGUGUUGCCAGCAGUGAGUAGGGUGCAUGGGGAGUUGUGUGGCUGUUAUCUCAAGCUGGUAGGGAUGAGUGUCUAUCAAAAUGGAUAAUGUCACUAACCAUGGAUGUAGGUCAAGCUCAUUUGUAUAAGGUUGUAUGAUUUCUUACUCAGUAUUAUUACCAGUGUGUUUGUGGAAAUGUGGCUGCCGUCCACUACCAUAAACUAUGUAUCAAGAAAACAAACGGUUUUCUUGCUGUAACGAGAGAGAGACCAAUCUGAACUAAGCAAUAGGCCACAAAAAUGAACAAUGAAAUGAAUCUUUAAGUUUAUUUGUCUCACCAUAACAGGAGAGAGAGAUCAGUCUUAACCAAGCAACAGGUUUGGCACUUGGUACUGUUAUGUAUAGAUGAUGUGUCUACCGUUAAAGAAAAUUAACAUGGAAAUGACAAAUCUCAAAGCAGAAGAUAUGUUAUUUAGCUCACAAGAGAUUGGGCUGAGAGGUUUUGCAGCGUGGAAAAAACAGAAUCUUCAGAUGAUACGUCUGUUAUUUAAAACAAUGCAGAUCAUGUGGACAAGAGAUGAGGUGAGUGAAGCAGCAGAGGGUUUGGGUAGAGAGUUUUGUAGCAUGAAGAAAACCUGAUGAAGGGAAAGAGUGAGCUGCACUGCUACCCAAGUCUGCCCAUUUGCCUCAUGCUUUAACUGUGUGUGUGUGUGUGUGUGUGUGUGUGUGUGUGUGUGUGUUGAGGCCUAUGAUGAAGAAUUUGAUAAAAAGACAUUUUCCAUGUGAACUUUUAUUAGAUUUGUAUAUACUCUGUAACAAAAGUGCUUGAUGUGUGUGUGUGUGUGUGUGUGUGUGUGUGUGUGUGUGUGUGUGUGUGUGUGUGUGUGUGAGAGAGAGAGAGAGAGAGAGAGAGAGAAGGAUACACAUGCAAGAAGGAAGUUUUUUAUAACAAGGCUCUGUUGUGAUGCCAUAUGUAUUAUAAGAAUUGACCUGUGGUGACCGGCCUGGGACAAAUGCUCCAGACCUGUUGACCCGACCUGUUGGUGGUGAGGUGAGCCGAGGUGAUGAGGUGAAGUGAGGUGCUGCUCGCCACAAAUAAUGGUUCUGCUAAUCUUACCAUUUGUGUAUUUGAUGCAAAACUUUAUAGUUGUACGUUUGUCAUUGUCAGCGUCAAGAAAUUCAAAACUUGUAUUAGUAGUACAGUACAUAAAUUUAUUUUUUUAUAUUACCAGUUGGAAGUAGCAUAUGUCUUUGCCUUUGCAUUUCUGUUAACGACAACUUGUAGUAGAAUUUCCCAUGUUAACAAAUUUGUCGUAAUGUCUUAUUUUUAUUUUUUUGUAACAAGGAAAAUACUGGAGCUCAGACCUCUUAAAGCACUGCUCAAGUUUGUGAUGUAAUGUACAUGUUUGUUACAGUGUUUUGUAAUUCACUAACUAUAAAUAUAUAUACAGCUAUAACAAGAGUAUAAUAAAUGUUUUAUAAGUGA